AUGAAAAAUUGCGAAUAUCAGCAAAUAGAUCCUCAGGCACUAGCAACACCGACACCUACCCCUCCUCCGCUACCGUGUCCCGAAAAGAAGACUAAAAGGCCACGGAGAAAAUGGGAAGUGUUCCCGGGAAAGAAUCGUUUUUAUUGUGAUGGACGGAUCAUCGUCGCUCGUCAAAGUGGCGUACUUCCACUGACGCUUGGUCUCAUCCUUGUCACCAGUGGUUUAUUCUUCAUAUUCGACUGCCCCUUCCUGGUUCAGCACUUGGCAAGCUGCAUCCCAGCAAUUGGAGGAGUCCUGUUUGUGUUUGUGAUCAUCUCUCUUCUUCAGACUAGCUUCACUGACCCAGGCAUUUUACCCAGGGCUACCCCAGACGAGGCCGCUGAUAUUGAAAAACAGAUCGAUAACCCUGGCUCUUCCUCCUCCUACCGUCCCCCUCCGCGCACUAAGGAGGUCCUCAUCAACCAGCAGGUGGUUAAGCUCAAGUACUGCUUCACCUGCAAGAUCUUCCGUCCUCCCAGAACCUCCCACUGUAGCCUGUGUGACAACUGUGUGGAACGAUUUGACCACCAUUGCCCUUGGGUUGGAAACUGCGUGGGGAAACGCAACUAUCGCUUCUUUUACACUUUCAUUGUUUCCCUCUCUUUCCUCACAGCCUUCAUCUUUGGCUGUGUAACCACACACCUGGCCCUGAGGUCACAGGGUGGUAACGGCUUGGUCUUUGCCCUCCAGGCGAGUCCAGCUAGUGCUGUGGAGUUGGUGGUCUGCUUCUUUUCAGUGUGGUCCAUUUUGGGCCUCUCAGGAUUCCAUACUUACUUAGUGGCUGCCAACCUCACCACCAAUGAAGAUAUCAAAGGCUCCUGGUCUGGGAAAAGUGGAUCAGAGGAAACGGGGAACCCCUACAGCUAUAACAACAUUUUCAAAAACUGUUGUGCGGUGCUCUGUGGUCCCAUGCCUCCGAGUUUAAUUGAUAGGCGAGGCUUCGUGCCCUCAGAUGACUCCGCCCAGACGGUUCCCACGGAGAUCGCGCUGCCCGCGGCUAAAAACGACAUCAACAUGUGCACACAGGGCACUAAGGACCUGCUGGAAACAGCCACUCGUUCUCCUCUGCUCUCCAGCACCUGUCCUCAGGGGAAGCCCCAGACGGCAAUUCCCUUCCCGGAAGCGCGGGCAGACCCCGAACCCUCGGCCGCCCCCGCCCCUGCCCCCGUCCCCACCCCGGCCCCGGUCCGCGGGGGUCACCGCGCCUCCGGCUCCUCCGACAGGCCUCGUUCCGGGCGGAGCGGCAAGGGCAAGCGGUCUUCCUCGCACAACCGUAACCACGCCUACACCGCGACCAGCCCUCCGGGGUCUCCCAACCCGCGCCGAGGCCACAGACACCACCGUAGCCAAAAGUUCACCUCUUUGCACUGA